AUGACUGCAUCAAAAAAUAAAAACUUUAAGUGGUCUUUGGAUUUUACCAAAAACAAGCAUGAAAGAUCAACGGAUAUCGCAAACCCACCCGGAUACACUCAAUUAUCCAGUCAAAACGGUACCGAACUUGCAAAAGAAGGCGAUUCUAAUAGAUUGAUUAUUAAAAAAUCAUGGGAUAUUGCUCUAGGACCUUUAAAACAAGUUCCUAUGAACUUAUUUAUUAUGUAUAUGGCUGGUAACUCCAUUUCCAUUUUUCCAAUAAUGAUGGUUGGCAUGUUAAUAGUACGACCAGUUACAGCUUUAUUUUCAUUGAACACUACAUUUAAAACUAUUGAAGGAACACAAGUGUGGGGCCAAAAGUUUAUAUUCUUCAUUGGAAAUAUUAUUAAUAUUAUUUUAGCGUUGUAUAAAUGCCAAUCUAUGGGUUUAUUACCAACUCAUCCAUCAGAUUGGCUCGCUUUUAUCGAACCACCCAUUAGAAUGGAAUAUUCUGGAGGUGGCUUUGUUUUAAGUUAA